AUGAAUGCAAUCGAACGUGUUUUCUCCAGUUGUCGUUUGCUACUCUUAUUACUAUAUGUGUAUUUUUUCCAAGUUUUGUCUUCUCCAUUUCAGUCCCAUUCCUGUAUGGCCUUAGUAGUCUCACAAAAUUUUCGACUCGAAUCUCAUCUCAUUAUGACUGCCACUCUCCCCCAAUUACCCAGCGGUAUUGACAGCUUCAAGGUCGUAAGCAAGUACUCCGAGCCCGUAAGAAGGCCCGUGGAGCCUGUAGGCCGUUAUUUCUUGGCCCAUGCUUCCAGAAUCAUGAGAGGACACACCUGGUCCGAAUACGAAAAAUUGGAAGCGGAAAGAAACGUCAAACAAGUCGAGCUGGACAACGACGACGACAUUGGUGACGAAGAACAAGACGAAGAAUUGUUGGAGCACGAUCCAAGAGAAUGGAAAACCGCCGACUUGUAUGCGGUUUUGGGAUUAUCAAAGUUGAGAUACAGAGCCACCGAAGAUCAAGUUAGAAGGGCCCACAGAAAGCUGGUGCUUAAGCACCAUCCCGAUAAGAAGUCUGCCAGUGGCGGAUUGGACCAGGACGGUUUCUUCAAGAUUAUUCAAAAGGCUUUCGAAGUGAUGAUGGAUCCAGUUAAGAGACGUCAAUAUGACUCGGUAGACACCAACGCUGAUGUGGUUCCUCCUCCUGCCAAAUCCAAGUACGACUUCUUUGAGGCAUGGGGACCUGUCUUUGCUAGUGAAGCUAGAUUUUCAAAGAAACAACCCGUUCCUUUGUUGGGCACGUUAGAGUCGAGCAAGGAAGAAGUGGAUGCUUUCUACGCAUUCUGGGGUAAGUUUGACUCGUGGAAAACCUUCGAGUUCAAGGACGAGGAUGUUCCCGAUGACACUGCCAACAGAGACCACAAGCGUUAUAUCGAGAGAAAGAACGUUUCCAACAGAAAGAAGUUGAAGCAAGAAGACAACAAGAGAAUCAUUGAUUUGGUGGAGAGAGCUUAUAGUGAGGAUCCAAGAAUCAAGUUGUUUAAGGAUGCUGCCAAAAAGGAGAAGGAAAGAAAGAAAUGGGAGCGUGAAGCUGGCUCCAGAAAGGCCGCCGAGGAGGCUGCUGCCAAGAAGGCCGCUGAAGAAGAAGCCGCCAAAAAAGCUGCUGAAGAAGCUGCUUCCAGCAAGGUCAAUGCUAAGAAAGCUAAGGAGGCUGCUAAGGCUGCCAAGAAGAAGAACAAGAGAGCCAUCAGAGGUUCAGCCAAGGAAGCCGACUACUUUGGAGAUGCAGGUAAAAGCGCUGAUAUCGAGGCCGAUAUUGACACCAUCAUAGAGAAGUUGGACGACGUUCAAUUGGGUUCAGUAGCAGGCAAAGUUAACGGUGCCAAUGCUGAUUCCGUUAAACAAGUGAUUUCAGAAACUGCUUCUGAAUUGAUUGGAGCCGGCAAGCUUGAAAAAUCGUACUUGAAGUACUUCUAA